UUCACAAUAACAUUAUAUUUAGGCGUGAAAUUCUGAUCGAUAGAAGAAUUUAGUAAUAUUUGUAAUAUGCAGGUGCAUGCAUCAGUGUCAGAUGAGGAGCGUUGACAAGAAUUUCUAACUUCUAAGGAAGCAAAUGGAUGUUCCGGCAAGGCUGCAGGGAAGAAUGAACUCUAACACGAUAUAUAUUCAUUAAACAUAGAAUGCAAUCAAAAGGAUUAAGGAGCUAAAGAGUGUUUGAAAUUUUUGCCAUCCUACGCAAUGUCGAUGAGUUUCUUCGCUGUUUUCCUUGGUGCUCUGCUUGUUCAAGCCCAGGAUCAAUCAGGAUUUAUCAGCAUAGAUUGCGGAGCUCCAUCAGACACGGACUACACUGAGCCAAAAACAGGCAUAAAUUACACAUCAGAUGCCAAUUUCAUAGACACGGGUGAAAGUGGGACAAUAAUACCUGAAACCAUCAACACUGUCUACCAACGACAGAUGAUGAAUGUUAGAAGCUUCCCGAAAGGAAAAAGGAACUGCUACAAAAUAAGCAUCACUAAAGGUUCCACUUAUCUCAUCCGCACCAAUUUUUUAUACGGAAAUUAUGAUAAGCUAAAUAAGGCACCAAAGUUUGAUAUUCAUCUCGGGGUUAACCACUGGUACACAGUGACUAUAGACAAUGCAUCCACUCCCCAAGUCAAUGAGAUCAUAUAUAUACCUUCACUGGCUUAUCUGCAUAUCUGUCUGGUUAACACAGGCCAUGGCACACCCUUUAUAUCAGCUAUAGAAUUGAGGACUUUGAAAAAUGGUACUUACGUCCCUGAAUAUGGAUCAUUGGAAUAUUACAAGCGGUGGGAUUUAGGUUCAAACGAUGGCUACAGGUACAAUGUUGAUGUUUAUGAUCGUUUCUGGUAUAACUAUGGGGACAACAAGGAUUGGAAACAAAUAAAUGCUUCCAUUGCUGCUGGUUCUUUUGAUCAGAAUGAUUACGAACCGCCAGGAAUUGUUCUGAGCACCGCAGUUACACCAGUAAAUGCUAGUGCCCCAUUGGUAAUAAGCUGGGAGCCACAGAAUCCAACUGAACAAUACUAUGUUUACAUGCACUUCUUCGAGAUUGAAGUGCUAGGGAAGAAUCAGACAAGAGAAUUCAAUAUCACCCAGAAUGGAAGGCCAUGGUAUCAAAAUUUGUCUCCGUUACCCCGGAGUAUGAACACUAUAUAUAGCAAAUCAGGCAUCAGUGGGGAAAAAAUUGAAUAUUCGCUUGAGAAAGCCAAGAGUUCAAGCCUUCCUCCCAUCAUAAAUGCCAUUGAAAUUUACAGAGUGAUAAACUUCCAGCAGAAAGAUACACACCAAGGAGAUGUUGAUGCGAUUGCGAGCAUCAAGUCGGCUUACGAAGUCAAAAGAGAUUGGCAAGGUGAUCCAUGCGCCCCUGUAGCCUACUUGUGGGAUGGUCUCAAUUGUAGUUAUCUCGGCAGUAAGAACCCAAGAAUCACAACUUUGAAUUUAUCUUCAAGUGAAUUGUCAGGAAGAAUAGAUCCUACGAUUUCAAAUCUCGUCAUGUUGGAGCAGUUGGAUUUAUCCAACAAUAACUUACACGGCGAAGUUCCUGAUUUUCUAUGUAGACUACAACAUUUGAAGAUGAUAAAUUUUGAGAACAACAACCUCACAGGUUCAAUUCCCGAGGCACUAGUUCAAAAAUCUAAGGAAGGUUUCCUAUCACUAAGGGUGGGCCAAAAUCCAUAUCUAUGUGAAUCCGGUCAAUGCAAGGAGAAGAGGAAGGAAAAGAAGAAUAUUGUUACUCCCUUAUUAGCAUCCGUUUGUGGGGUUUUGAUCAUUCUUAUGACUGUGGUAGUUGUAUUGUGGACUCUUGAAAGGAGAAAACCCAAAGCUUCGACCAUAGAUCAACGUGAGAUAGCACCGGAAAGCACAGAACAAGAGGAUUCAUUACAUCAACUAAAAAAACAGAUAUAUUCAUACUCCGAUGUAGUUAGAAUCACCAACAAAUUCAGUACAGUUGUUGGUAAAGGUGGGUUUGGAACAGUUUAUCUGGGUUAUAUUGAUGACACUCCCGUGGCAGUGAAAAUGCUGUCUCCAUCUUCAGUUCAUGGUUAUCGACAAUUUCAAGCAGAAGUUAAAAUUCUAAUGAGGGUUCAUCAUACGAAUCUCACCUCCCUCGUUGGAUAUUGUAAUGACGGAGAUUAUAAGUGUCUCAUAUAUGAGUACAUGGCUAACGGAGACUUACAACAACAUCUUUCUGGUAAACACAACAAAUCAAAAUUGUUGAGCUGGGAAGACAGACUUCGUAUAGCAGUGGAUGCAGCACUAGGUGAGGAAGUAAACUUGAAAUUAUGUGUUUUGUGAACACCCAUUUUCCCCUCUCAAAAUGUUUGCAAUAAAUCUAAUAUCGGGUUGGAGUAUCUUCAAACUGGUUGCAAGCCUCCUAUAAUCCACAGAGACAUAAAAUCUACAAACAUCUUGUUGGAUGAAAAGUUCCAAGCAAAAUUAUCAGAUUUUGGUCUAUCCAAAAUUAUACCAAUUGAUGGGGGAACUCAUGUGUCAACUGUUGUUGCUGGUACUCCUGGUUAUCUAGAUCCAGAGUACUACAUAUCCAAUAGAUUAACACAGAAAAGUGAUGUUUAUAGCUUUGGAGUUGUUCUUUUGGAAAUCAUCACUUAUCAACCAGUAAUAGUAAUAUCAAGGAAUGAAGAAAGGGUUCACAUCAUUGAAUGGGUCAGAUCACUGAUUGAAAAAGGGGAUAUCAAGGCGAUUGUUGACUCAAGGUUAGAAGGAGAUUUUGACAUUAAUUCAGCUUGGAAAGCCGUAGAAAUAGCAAUGGCAUGUGUUUCCUUUAAUCCCAGUGAAAGGCCAAUGCUGAGGAUGAUAGUGACUGAACUAAGGGAGACUUUAGCAAUCGAAUUAGCUCGAGCAAAACUCAUUGAUGCACAUCUAACAACAGAUUCUAUUGAACCGCUCGCCAUAAAUCUGGACACUGAAUUCACUCCUCUGGCGAGGUAAAAUAUAAAAGAAAUCAAAUAAUGUAAAAGAGGAAGUCAUCUUAUUAAGAACUUGGUCCAGAGGUUCUUUCCUUUGCUCUUCUGUAACUGCUUCACCUGUUUCCAUUUCCAUGGAUGACGAUUUCUGCUUCUACCCUAAAACGUAAUUGCAUCAUUUUUCUUAUUCUUCAAUGUCUAUUCA